UCGAGUAUGUCUGAAUCUUCUGGCUCAAGUUUAAAACAGUUAACAGCUGAAAAUAUAACUUGUGGUGGCAAAUCAUCAUCUGAUGAUGGCAUGGUAGAAAAUGAUGAAAGUGAUUCUGCUGAAAAUGAAGAAGAAAUCAGACCAGAAUACUAAGGCAAGCAGAACCUGCAUAUAUUGUAACAAGCAGUAGUACAGAUGAAAAACUUCUGAACUUUUUGAAGGAGAAUUAUUUACCACAAGUAAACACAGAAACAAAUAGUAGCACAUCUGAAAGUGCAAGCAGCAGACCAUCUCUUCAUCUUUUGCCAAAACUAGAAUUUGCAUUUGAAGUCUGUAAGCACCGUUUACAAAACUUGAAUGUUCCAAAUAUUCCAAAAAACAUGAAUGAUGUUGAAAAACAGAUUUACUUUUCAUCUUGGAUUGAUUUCACCAGUACAUGUAUGGUACAAGCUGCUGGUGGGUUAUUGAAGUACAUUGAAAAAGGACAUUUAGGACUUGUGUUGGAUGAUGAUACUUUUUGUUCAGUUAAUUCCAUUGCUUUUUUAUCCUUGAAGCAUGUUUUGAACAUCGAUGAUAAUACUUACAAAGCACUGCAGAUUUUUCAAGGAGAAAGGCAUCCAUCAGUAUAUAAAAGCUCUUUUGGAAGCAAAGAAGGACUAAGCUUGUUUGGCAUUUGUAACAAGUGCAAAUCAGCAAUUGGGAAAAAAGAAUUGAGACGCUGGUUUCUCCUGCCAACUACUGAGAUUACAGUAAUUUCUGAACGUGAAGCUGCAGUAAAAUAUUUUUCAUCAUCCAGAAAUUCUGAAAUCACAAGUACUUUGCAAAGCAGUUUGAAACAAAUAAAAUUCGUUUCUAGAAUUUUUUCUCGCAUGAAGAUUUCUCAAGCUUCUAUGAAUGACUGGCAAGCUUUAUAUAAGACUGUCUAUCAUGCAAUUGUUAUAAGAGAAAUUUGUUGUGCUCAUCGCUCUGCACUAGAAAUGUUCAAUAAGAUUGCCACUACAUUUUCAUCAGAUUUGUUUCGAAUUGUUAACUUGUUGAACAAAAUUAUUGAUUUCGAUGAAUUUGCCAAGCAAAAUCAUUUUACUGUAAAAUAUGGUGUAGAUAGUGAGCUUGAUCAAAUGAAGAGGCGUUAUCAUGGUUUACCAGACUUCAUGACACAAAUUGCUUGUGAAGAACUUCAAAAUCUUGACCAUGAUGUUCAACAGUGUCGUGUGAUAUAUUUGCCUCAAUUAGGUUACCUUUUAGCUGUGCCAAUGACAGAACAAAUGAGAGAAACUAAAGAUUAUACAAUUCAGGGUUUAAGAUUUAUGUUUGUUGUGAAUGAUACCGUACAUUACAAAAGUGAAAAAACUAGAGAACUUGAUGCUACCUUGGGCGAUACAUUAUGUGACAUUUAUGACAAGGAAACACAAAUCAUGCACAAGUUACAAAAUGUCAUUCUAGAAAUGAAGGAUUUAGUUUUUCCAGUGAUGGACUUGUGUGCUAAAUUAGAUUGCCUCAUUGCUUUGGCUUGUGCUGCAAAAGAAUACAGUUGGACUGAACCAGAAAUAGUGAAGGAUGAUACUCUUCAUAUAAUCAAAGGAAGACAUCCUCUGCAAGAAAUGUGUGUUGCUGCAUUUGUUGCUAACGAUACACUUAGUGGAGGUUCAGAAAGCAAGAUUAAAGUUCUGACUGGACCUAAUUCUAGUGGAAAAAGUGUUUAUUUGAAACAAGUUGCUUUGAUUGUAUAUAUGGCACAUAUAGGAAGCUUUGUUCCAGCCAGUCAGGCGAAAAUUCCUAUCGUCAGCAGCAUUUUUGCUUAUACUCAUUCCACAGAAUCUGUGUCUGUCAACUUAUCAUCAUUUUUUAUUUCAUUGAACCAGAUUUCAUUGCCUUUAAAUAAUGCCACUUCAAAUUCUGUUGUCGUAGUAGAUGAAUUUGGUAAAGAUACAGAACAUCAUAGUGGCUUGGCUCUCGUUGUUGCAAUUUUGAAGUUUUGGGCUGAAAAAGGGGCUUCAGCUCCUCAUAUUUUCUUGGCUACUCAUUACCUCUCUCUGAAUACAUUUUUUACGAAUAGUCCAUUCAUAAAAUUUCAGACUAUGGACAUAAUUCAAAAUGAAGAUUUGGUAUUUCUCUACCAGAUAGUUGAUGGCAUUGCAGUUAGCAGCCAUGCAGCAAAUACUGCCUUGCUGGCUGGCUUACCUCAACAUAUAGUCAGCAGAAGCUUAGAAAUUUCACAAGCUUUAAAAAACAAACAGGCAAUUCCACCUAACAAAUCAUUGGUUGUAAAUCAAAAACUUAAAAUUUACCAUUCCAUUUAUGAACAGUUUUUAGAGCUUGAUGUUGAGACUGAUGAUGUGUUGGAUUUUAUAAAGUUUAUCAAAGAUAGUAUUGCAUCAUUGACUACACCAAAUGUCAACACUUAAAAUGUAAUCUUUGUUGUGACAGAAGCACCAUGAUACUUUUUUUCAAUGUUCAA